AUGUCAGUUACCUCAUCCCGCUUCACAGCAGGCUUGGGGGGUGGCUAUGGUGGGGGCUACACCUGCAACCUGGGCGGGGGCUUUGGCUCCAGCUUUGGCGUGGCAGACGCCCUGCUAGGGGGCAGCGAGAAGGAGACCAUGCAGAACCUCAACGACCGCCUGGCCUCCUACCUGGACAAGGUGCGUGCCCUGGAGGAGGCCAACGCGGACUUGGAGGUGAAGAUCCAUGACUGGUACAAGAAGCAGGGCCCCGGGCCCGCCCGUGACUACAGCGCCUAUUUCAAGACCAUUGAGGAUCUGAGGAAUAAGAUCCUGGCGGCCACCAUUGACAAUGCCAGCUUGGUGCUGCAGAUUGAUAACGCGCGCCUGGCAGCUGAUGACUUCCGCACCAAAUACGAGACGGAGCUGAACCUGCGCAUGAGCGUGGAAGCUGACACCAAUGGCCUGCGCAGGGUGCUGGACGAGCUGACCCUGGCCAGAGCCGACCUGGAGAUGCAGAUUGAGAACCUCAAGGAGGAGCUGGCCUACAUGAAGAAGAACCAUGAGGAGGAGAUGAAUGCACUGCGAGGCCAGGUGGGUGGGGAUGUCAGCGUGGAGAUGGACGCAGCCCCCGGUGUGGACCUGAGCCGUAUCCUGAACGAGAUGCGCGACCAGUACGAGAAGAUGGCCGAGAAGAAUCGCAAGGAUGCUGAGGACUGGUUCUUCAGCAAGACGGAGGAGCUGAACAGGGAGGUGGCCACUAACACCGAGGCCCUGCAGAGCAGCAGGACCGAGAUCACGGAGCUCCGCCGCUCCGUGCAGAACCUGGAGAUUGAGCUGCAGUCCCAGCUCAGCAUGAAAUCAUCACUGGAGGGCAGCCUGGCAGAGACUGAGGCGCGCUAUGGGGCGCAGCUGGCCCAGCUGCAGGGGCUCAUCAGCAGCAUCGAGCAGCAGCUGUGUGAGCUGCGCUGCGAUAUGGAGCGCCAGAACCAUGAGUACCAGGUGCUGCUGGACGUGAAGACGCGGCUGGAGCAGGAGAUCGCCACCUACCGCCGCCUGCUGGAGGGCGAGGACGCCCAGUGA